CACAAUAUCUCUGACUGUAUACACUUAUUUUUCUGUCGCAGUAUGUUUUUUUUUUUUCGAUUCAGGCGGUAAUUUUCACUUUUAAUGCAGUUUUAAAUGCUCCUGUGUCAUCAAGAUGACUUAGCUCGUAAUCAUGAACCAUUACUUACCAUUUAUCAUCUUCACUGUUUCUGUGAUAACGUGUGUGAAGUGUGCUUACAUCCAAAACAAUGCCUAUAAAGGAAUAUCAAUAUCAUUUUCCCCAAAGGUUCAGCUACCUCGUCUUGACUUUGAAAAGCUGAAGCAUGUUUUGAGGAAUGCCUCACAAGUACUAUACCAUGCAACCAGAAGAAGAUCCUACUUUGGAGAGUUUGUGUUCUCUGUGCCAUCUUCGUGGACUUCAGAUGAUGUCAAUGAUAUCUGCGAAUCAUUCACUCAAAAAGCGCCCCAGAGCAUUGAUAUUUACGUGACAGACAUUCCAAGCAUUCCAGAACUGAAAACACAGCACAGCAAAACAUGUGGUAAACCUGGAGACGUUAUUUACAUGCCUAAAUUUUGGUACAGAAGCGGUGACAUGAGAGAUCUUGCUCGCCAAUUUGUUCAACAGUGGUCAAUUUUUCGGUAUGGUGUUUUUGAAGAAUAUUCCGAAAGAUCUGGGGCAUGUUUUGCUUCGAGUCAAAGCGCGUGGUCACCAGUCGGAUGCUACAAUGCAAAAUUCAACGCAGAGGUGACAUUUGAUGAAGGAGGAAUUCCUCAGUGCUACUUCUCAGACGAUUUCUUCCAACGUGAAGAGUUUAACUCAUCAAUUAUGACAUUUCACAAUUUAUCAGAGGUUAUUCAUUUUUGUGACGGAACAAAAAAACAUCCUCAUAAUCCUAUCAUGCCAACGUUGCAUAAUAAUUUGUGCCAGGGAAGAAAUACCUGGAGCAUCAUACAGAACUCUGAAGAUUUUGUUUAUGGAAGAAAUGCAUCUAGAUCAGAUGAAGAACUACAAGAAAAAACCAUAUUUCGGUGCUUCAGGGAGCCAGUUUUACACGUGACUUUCGCAAUUCAGAACAGCACUUACAAAACCUCUAAAGAUAAUGAAUACAAGGCAUUCCUGGAAGCGAUUGUUGAGCUAAGAUACGCCUUGCUACAUUUUUUGUCCAACAUGGCGCCGAAGGAAUCCAUCGUCGAUCUCUUGACUUUCUCAGAUGCGCCAAUUACUGAAGCUGGUAACGCAGUCCAAUUAGAUCUCUCCAAGAAAGACGAGCUGGAAGAUAUUUUAGACAACCGUAUUGGAAUGGAGAAUAUUACCAAGAUUUGUCUCUUGUGUGGAUUGCGAAAAGCAUUGAACGUAUCUCAAACGAAUGGUCAUCCAUUCCCUAUUGUAGUGCUCAUUGCCUGGGAGAGUGCUCUUGUAGGUGAAAAAAUAUCAGACUUAACAGAAGAGCUGAAGAAGUAUCCUGAUGUCGUGUUCCACCUGAUUUUGGUGGAAGAUACGAACUCUGAUGUUCUCCCAUCCACUUUCGUGGAUGCAGUGAGAAGAACGAGAGGCCAAAUCUUUAAUUUAGCGAAGGAAAUGGUCAUAAUGUCUACAGAACUAAACCAGGCCUUAGCCAGUGUUUUCAAAAGUCCGUUGCAUAUAGAAGAUAACAUCCUUGUGCUUCAUCAGAAAACGUAUGUCAACGUCAAGUCCAACAUUGUUGAUGCCUUCACGACACAUAGUGGUGCCAUGGGUGAGUUAUUGUACAUGAUGCACUGCAAUGACAAUGAUAUGAUCUCAAGCAUGAAUGUUAGCUGUGAAACUUGGGACCAAAAAUCUAGUACUUUUAAAUGCGGAGAAAUUUCAAGCUUAACGGACAACAAGAGUUCACAAAAGGUCUGGGCAUACUCCUUCAAAUAUUCAAUACGACCAAUUCCACUAAUAUGUUCAUCAAUUGCUAUGUUGAAGGUUACAUCUGCCUCUGACAAUUCGUUCACUUUGAGAGGAUGGCUAAAUGAGGACAAAAUUACACCUGGAUACAACGUUCUCAUCAUUUAUGCCGAGGUGAUAAAACUAAUGGAUCAAGAUUUUCGUGUAGAAGCAAGGAUUUCAGGGCCGAAAUUAGAUUCCAUUCCUAUGGAGUUGAGAGAUAAUGGAAAUGGUGAUCCUGACAUGAAAAAGGGAGACAAUAUAUACAGUAGAUACUUUACGUCUUUUGCUGAAAAAGGAACUUAUACAGUUACAAUUUAUGUAGAGACGCUUCACGGAAAACAGAGUUGGAUAGCUGAAGGAAAUACGGAUAAGUUCAGCCAGACAAAAGUUAUCGGCUCUUUUACUGUGAUGGAAUCUGCACCAAACAUUGACAUUUAUCCUCCUAAUAAAAUUGGUGACCUAAAGUUGCUAUCGGUGAAUCCUUUGAACAGAACAGUUACGCUUCAAUGGACGGCUCCUGGAAAUGACUACGAUUCAGGGAAAGCCAUGAACUACGAACUUAAGUAUUCAAUCCAUUGGACAAAUUUGCUGGAAAUUGCUUUUGAAGAAGAAGGUAAGCAGUUAGAGUCGAUCAGCGAACGUGUUCCAUUACCAGCAGGAGAAACAGAAACUUUUGCUACUACAUUUCCAAACAUAGCUGGAAAUGUGUUCGUUGCGUUGAGAGCUAGAGAUGAAAAGCAGAAUGUUGCAAUGGUGUCAAACAUCGUUCAACUUCACAUAAAGGAAGACACGAUCACAACGAGCGCGAUUUUCAAAACUGAUAUAAAUACUUUUUCUACAGCCCCCACAUCAGAUUUUGAAAGUACUUUCAAUACUACCGAAGAAAUCACUGAUGUCACCGAAAGCUCGACAGAAAUUACAGAUAGUCCAACAACUAAUACCUCACUUAAUAUGGACGAUUACGUCAAAAAAUCAUUCGUAAUAAUAGUUGUCGGAUCAGUGGCUGGAGGUAUACUAUUGCUCAUAAUUGUGAUAAAUGUAAUUGUGUAUUAUUGCUGUCUUAAAAAAUAUAAAAAAUCCAAACCGCCGAGAAAUUUGCCCCGAAAAGCUUCUCUAAGACCACCCUACAACUUAAAUGUAGCAUACCGAGAUUCUAAGUCAAGUUUUGACACAGAACAUGAUCCAGAUGAAUCUAUAAAUUCUCUACCAGAUCAAAACAUGUAUCCCGAUCCACGAGCAAGAUCUUCUCAGCGCCGAUAUUCUUACCACACUUCCAGAAGUUUGUUGGAGCAAAAGAGAUCAGCGGAGAAAGAUCUAGGCUUUAAGUUAGUCCAAACCAUGCCAGCAUAUGCAACCACGUCCUUGUCACGAGUCCGCAAUUACGACAAUGGGAGUGAUUUGGAAACAAAAGGUGCCAUUCCUCAACCGCAGAGACCAAAAAGUGCUGUUGAUCCACAAAUAUAUCCGCUUGGAAUAGUCUGAUGACUGCAUCAAAUAAGAAAUAUUAACUUUCUGUUAUCGUCGAAAACGAAAAGGAGCAUCUUUGUAAUGCACAUUUUUUUUUUUUUCAUAUCAAACUUUCACAAUGAAUUCAAACUUGAAGAAACUAUUUUAUGAACUGAACGAUGUGCGAAUGUUUAUAUGAAUCGUUUGGGUGCUCAUGACAUUUACAUAAUGUAAAAAAAUUUAGCAAUAUUAAACUAUUUUACUGUUUUA